CGCCCAUGAAAUAAAAUUCCUAGAAUUUUCUGGCAAAAAUUGCUGAAAUAAAGCGCUUAAUGUUCUGUAUAUAUGGAAUGUUUCUGCGCUUGAUAUUGAAACUGAACUAAAAGAACAAAAUGGAACCAAAAGUUGAUAAAUUCAUUGAGUUACAACAUCAAAUUCGACACAGUCAGUCCGACUUGCAGGGCUUCUUGAAAGAUUUGGACAGCUGGGAAGACGACAUCAAGAAGAAGGAUGAAUCUCUGAAGACCACAAAGACAGUUGAAGCAUCGGAACUGCCACCGGUUAGGAAUGCCUUCGAAAAGAAGCGAAAGAAGAAAAAGGUUAAGGUCAAAGACGGAAAAGAGACGAGCACCCCUGAAGGGGCAGCAUCUUCUGCUGUUAGUGCUAAACCAAAGAGGAUAAGUGGCUAUGACUGGAAAUCAUGGGAAAAAUUUGAUGUGGAUGCUGCAUGUGCUGCAGUUGAUGGGAAAGAAGGCGUAAAGUCAUCGUCAGGGUCAGAUCUGGAGACCGAUGAGGAGUGGGAAAUUGAGCGCAUGAAGCAGCAGGCUCUUUUGGAGAAAGAUAGGGGAAAUCAGUGCUUCAAGGCUGGGAAGUACAAUGAAGCUGUUGAAUGCUACACCAAAGGAAUUCAAUGUGACUCAUACAAUGCAGUAUUACCAGCGAACAGGGCUAUGGCACUACUCAAGCAGGAAAAAUUCGGAGCUGCCGAGUUUGACUGCACGGAAUCGUUAUUAUUGGAUCCAACUUACGUCAAGGCCUAUUCGAGGAGAGGGGCAGCCAGGUUAGCCCUGGGGAAGCUGCACAAGGCAAAAGAGGACUUUGAACAAGUCUUGAAAUUGGAACCAAAGAAUAAACAGGCAGAGAAAGAGCUGGAGAAAAUAAACAAGGAGUUGAAUCCGAAGCCAGAGGCAUCCAGUCUAAGUCACAUGACCACAGGAAUCGUUAAGCCAAUCAGCAAACCUCCAGAUAAAAGGUCAAAGAAACCAUUAGUAAGAAUCAAGAUUGAAGAAAUUGGAAAUGAACCAGAAAAUAAAGCCAGGUUACCAGCAAAAAAUACAAAGCCUGCAAUCACACCAUCUGAACGAAAACUUCUCGAAGCAGACGACGCAAAAUUUCAAAGUUUCACGGAGGAAGUUUGCGCUUCAAAAAGUGAUAACAUUAAAAAGAAGGCACCUAUCAGUAUUGUGGAAUUAGAUGAUACUUCUAACGAUGUGAAAAAGUUAGAUUUAAAUGAGGUAGAAAAAACAGACACGACGAAAAGUUAUUGUACAAAAUCUGCUGAGUCAUUGUCUCCUCGGGAAUCGAGCGGGCCACCAUCGCUUCCCCCUGUGCCAGCAACGUCCUACCAGUUUCAGGCGGAUUGGAAAAUAAUAAAGAAUCACACGGAUUUGUUUGCUGAAUAUGUAAAGGCGAUCAAACCACAAAACUAUUCGAAGCUCUUUGGUCUCUCUCUCGAUGCUGAUGUACUCAUCAAAUUACUCCACGUUUACAGAGAUAGCUAUAUUCCAUCCAAUCGUGACGUUUAUGAUGAACUGAGAGCUUUAAAAGAUGUGAAGAGGUUUUCCAUGACAGUUAUGUUUUUCUCCAAGAAAGAUAAGAAAGUGAUAGAAGACCUGUUUGACUUCCUUAGAAACCAAGCGAAACAUUCAAGAGAGGAGAUCAACGAUUUGGCGGAAGACUACAUGUUAUCAUAAAAAUUGCAACUUUCUCAAAUCAUUGCACUUCCGACUCUGCAGGAACACACCCAGUAUACAAUCUAGACAUUUCAAUUGAUUGCUGUUUAUCUCUGAACAUUUUUUUCAUCGAGGAGGGUGAUCCCCAAAGUGAUAAAAAUAUCUGCAUGGCACUGGAAAUAAUCUCGGAAGAUGUGUGGUAUAAAAAAUAAAUGCAAAAUGACACUCAUGUCUGGUCCUAGUCAUCCAGAUUGCACGCGAUGAUUUUCUCCGGCCUGAAAGCAGUCGGUCUGCAGUCUCGAGCUUUCAGGCAGAGAAAAUCAUCUCAGGCGUUCUGGUGACUCUGAUCUGCCACUUAUGCCAUUUUCUUAUUCUAACACAAUGGCACUUAUGAUAUUAAAUAUCUGCACCAAGACCCUGGGAUAAGAAAACGUGCGGGUAUAUUUUUUAGGGAGGUAAGCAUGAACAAUGUUUUUUUCAGCCUGUAUGGUUUAGCUGCUUUGCAUAUGUUUCAAGUAUUGCAAGUAUCAUUUUGUCAAACAUGUUCUGCAGCUUAAUAAAGUCUUUGUAUUUUGAUAAA